ACCCGGAAGUUUAGAAUGAGGUCAGAGAGACGACGGAAAUAGAAUUCUACAGCUAAAAUGGCGGAGGAACAACAGCAGGAAACAACACAGGGAGAGAUGGAGGCGGGAGGAGUAAACUGCCUCGCUUAUGAUGAGGCGAUUAUGGCUCAGCAGGAUCGAAUCCAGCAGGAGAUCGCAACUAGCAUUCCUUUAGUGUCAGACAGACAGGAACUGUCAGUGUUGCAGAGAGAGUAUGCCGUGGAAGACACCAUUUAUCAGCUCAAGAUCAAGGAUUUACACAAAAAAUACUCGUAUAUCCGCAAGACGCGGCCAGAUGGGAACUGUUUCUACAGAGCUUUUGGCUUUUCACAUCUCGAAUCACUGCUAGAAGACAGCAAAGAGCUGCAGAGGUUCAAAGCAGUGGCAGCAAAGAGCAAACUGGACCUGGUCAACCAGGGUUUUACAGAGUUCACCAUCGAAGACUUCCACAAUACUUUCAUGGACCUGUUGGAGCUGUGUGAGAAGCAGCCGGGCCUCCGUGAGCUGCUGGGCUCCUUCAGAGACCAGAGCGUGUCGGACUACAUCGUGGUGUACUUGCGGCUGCUCACCUCAGGCUACCUGCAGAGGGAGCACGGCUUCUUCCAGCACUUCAUCGAGGGUGGACGCUCCGUCAAGGAGUUCUGCCAGCAGGAGGUGGAGCCCAUGUCUAAAGAAAGUGACCAUAUCCACAUCAUUGCCUUGGCCCAGGCCCUGAACGUGUCCAUCCUAGUGGAGUACAUGGACCGGGGUGAGGGAGGCUCAGUCAACCACCACGUCUUCCCUGAAGGCAGCGAGCCUCGUGUCUUCCUCCUCUAUAGACCCGGCCACUAUGACAUCUUGUACAAAUAACAAUCUGCUGUUUAGAGAGAUUCCCCCCCCCCCCCUUUUCCACUGCUGUAGUGGCAGUGGAGAAAUACUUCAACUGCCACGUUGAUGCAUACGUGUGUACAAAGGUUACACUAUUGUAUCUGAGGGG